UGUCAGCUCGGUCAGGUGAUCAGCUGUGUCCAGUCACAGCUGAUCACUGAUCAUCAGGGCACUGAUGAUCAGUGUGCCCUGAUGAUCAGUGUAGCCCCAGCAGUGCCACCUGUCAGUGUCCAUCAGUGCCAGCUGUCAGUGCUCAUUCAUGCCACCUGCCAGUGCCCAUCAGUGCCACAUCAAUGCCACAUAUCAGUGCCCAUCUGAGCUGCCUUUCAGUGCCACCUAUCAAUGCCAGUCAGUGCUGCCUAACAGUGCGCAUCAGUGCCACCUAUCA